UGGUGCGCCCCGGUUAAUCACGUGAGCCGGGUCCAAGAUGGCGGCGGGGGUGGCCGGGUGGGGGGUUGAAGCAGAAGAGUUCGAGGAUGCACCUGAUGUGGAGCCGCUGGAACCCACGCUUAGCAAUAUCAUUGAGCAGCGUAGCCUUAAGUGGAUCUUUGUCGGGGGCAAGGGUGGCGUUGGUAAGACCACCUGCAGCUGCAGCCUGGCGGUCCAGCUGUCUAAGGGACGGGAGAGUGUUCUAAUCAUUUCCACAGACCCAGCUCACAACAUCUCAGAUGCUUUUGAUCAGAAGUUCUCCAAGGUGCCUACCAAGGUCAAAGGCUAUGACAACCUCUUUGCUAUGGAGAUAGACCCCAGCCUGGGCGUUGCAGAGCUCCCCGACGAGUUCUUCGAGGAAGACAACAUGUUGAGCAUGGGCAAGAAGAUGAUGCAGGAGGCCAUGAGCGCCUUCCCUGGCAUCGAUGAGGCCAUGAGUUAUGCUGAGGUCAUGAGGCUGGUGAAAGGCAUGAACUUCUCAGUGGUAGUGUUCGACACCGCACCCACCGGCCAUACGCUCAGGCUCCUGAACUUCCCCACCAUCGUGGAGCGGGGCCUGGGCCGCCUGAUGCAGAUCAAGAACCAGAUCAGCCCCUUCAUCUCACAGAUGUGCAACAUGCUGGGUCUGGGGGACAUGAAUGCUGACCAGUUGGCCUCCAAGCUAGAAGAGACAUUGCCUGUCAUCCGAUCCGUUAGCGAACAGUUCAAGGACCCUGAACAGACAACCUUCAUCUGUGUGUGCAUCGCUGAAUUCUUGUCCUUAUAUGAGACGGAGCGGCUGAUUCAGGAGCUGGCUAAGUGCAAGAUUGACACCCACAACAUCAUUGUCAACCAGCUUGUCUUCCCUGACCCUGAAAAACCCUGCAAGAUGUGUGAGGCUCGACACAAGAUCCAGGCCAAAUACUUGGACCAGAUGGAAGACCUAUAUGAAGACUUUCACAUUGUAAAGCUGCCACUGUUACCUCAUGAGGUGCGGGGAGCCGACAAAGUCAACACCUUCUCUGCCCUCCUCCUGGAGCCCUACAAGCCCCCCAGCACCCAGUAGCCACCCCCAUCCCAGCUACUGCCACUUCAUACCCUCCUCUUUCCCAUGGGGCAGAGUUUGCACAAAGUCCCCCAUAAUGCAGGGGGAUCCACUUAGGAGGUGGGAGGGGGUCUGUUCCCCCUGGUGGGGCCUGGGGAGGCUGCAAUGCCCCCCACCUCCUCCUGCCUCACACUCCUCAAUAAAAUGAUCUUAAACAAC